AUGGAUGUCCUAAGCAAGUCCAAGGAGUGCGAGGGCGGAGACAAGUUCGUCAAGCCCGGCACCAAGGACACCCAAGUCCAGCUCGUCAUCUCGCUGGCACUGGGUAUCUCCGCCUUCUUGGCUUUCUGUAUACUCCGGCCACGAUGGAAAAGUCUGUAUGCUGCUCGAAGGCGUCGCAUGGACCCCACGAUAGCUCUGCCCGCCCUCCCCGACACGUUCUUUGGAUGGAUACCCGCGCUGUAUAGGGUCACUGAGGAGCAGGUUCUGGCAUCGGCAGGCCUUGAUGCUUUCGUGUUUCUCGCAUUCUUCAAGCUAUCGAUCAAGCUCUUCGCCGUCUUAUUCUUCUUCGCCGCCGUCGUUCUUGAGCCGAUAAACAUUCACUUUGUCCCCGAAGGACCCAAGCGCGGCGAUGAAGAGCUAUCCGCUUUGUCGUUCUUCCGCCUCCCUGAGCCCAGACCGUACCGCUACCUCGAGUAUAACCCUCUCAUGACAGAUGACGGCCCCGGCGAUGAUAACAGCUGGAAGUGGGAUAUGGGCUAUCUUUGGGCGUACCUUGUUUUCACAUACUUCUUCUCGCUAUUGACUCUGCGCUUCAUGGACCAGGAGACAUUUAGAGUGAUCAAGGUCCGGCAAGAUUACCUUGGAACGCAAUCAACGAUCACCGACCGAACCUUCAGAUUGUCGGGUAUGCCGGAGGUGCUACGAUCAGAAGAGAAAAUCAAGGAGCUCGUAGAAAAGCUCGAGAUAGGAAAAGUCGAAAGUGUGACUCUGUGCAGGAACUGGAAAGAGCUCGACGACUUGAUGGAAGAGCGGACGGCGAUAUUACACAAGCUUGAGGAGACCUGGAGCGUCUAUCUCGGCCAGAAUCCUCUCGAGUCAAUCGAAAGAGCACAGAGACGGGCUGAGACAGCCAAUGACGGAGAUGAACCAAACGACGACGGUGAUGAGGCAGACGAGGCGGAAAAUGGAAGGUUACUUCGCGGACCAACUAGCCACCAACUUACAGAGAGACCCCGACCGCAAACUCGGAUGUGGUACGGCUUUCUUCGACUGCAAAGUCAAAAGACAGACGCGAUUGACUACUACGAAGAAAAGUUGAGAAGACUUGACGAGAAGAUACGAGCGGCGAGGAAGAAGUCCUAUCCGGCAGUUGACCAAGCUUUUGUCACGAUGGAUUCCAUUGCGGCCUGCCAGAUGGCCACACAGGCUCUCGUCGACCCACGACCUGGCCAAUUGUUGACAAAGUUAGCGCCGUCUCCCUCCGAUAUUGUAUGGAGGAACACCUACGCAUCGAAAAACUCACGACGGGUCAAGUCUUGGCUGAUCACCAUAUUUGUAUCCAUCCUUUCUAUCGUUUGGCUUAUUCCGGUCGCUUCGCUUGCUGGUCUGCUUUCGAUUUGUACCAUCAAAAAGGUAUGGCCAGAGCUUGCCGCCUCACUCAAGCGACAUGAUAUUACAAGGGCACUUGUCCAGACUGGCCUGCCGACCAUAGUAGUGUCAUUGCUGAACGUUGCCGUGCCCUACGUUUACGAUUACUUGUCCAACAACCAAGGACUCAUAUCACAAGGUGAUGUCGAGUUGUCCAUCAUAUCGAAGAACUUCUUCUUUACAUUCUUCAACAUUUUCCUUGUGUUCACUGUCUUCGGUGCAGCCACUCAAAUUUGGACCGUCCUUCGCGACAGUCUCAAAGAUACAACCUACAUCGCCUACCAACUCGCUAUGAAGAUCCAGCAGCUGAACAACUUCUACCUCAACUUCAUCAUGCUGCAGGGCUUGGGCCUGUUUCCUUUUCGCCUACUCGAAUUCGGCAGCGUCAGCUUGUAUCCUAUCAACAGGAUGGGAGCCAAGACGCCUCGCGAUUUUGCGCAGCUCGUCGCACCUCCCACCUUCAGCUAUGGCUUCUACCUACCGACUGCGCUGCUUGUGUUCAUUCUUUGUCUAGAAUAUAGCGUCCUUCCUGGUGGUUAUCUCGUUCUGCUUCUCGGUCUAGUGUACUUCACGCUUGGCUACUUCACCUACAAGUACCAGCUACUUUACGCUAUGGACCAACCGCAGCAUGCUACUGGUGGCGCGUGGCGCAUCAUUUGCUACCGCAUUAUUGUUGGCCUGAUUGUCUUCCAGCUGACCAUGGCCGGCUACCUUGGCCUUGCUAAGGCCUUUUUCGAAGCUUUCCUGAUCGCGCCGUUGCUUCUCGGCACUAUCUACUACAGCUACUACUGGAAGAGACAAUUUGAACCAUUGACUCACUAUCUCUCUUUGAGAAGCAUCAGACGCGACGUGGAUGAAGACGGCGAGAACGUGGUGCUGGACGAGGACUUCGGCGGACCUGGUCGGGUGCCACAUGAGUUGCUUCGCAGGGGAAGCACAAUCGAUGAAGAUCGUGAGAAGGGCCUGAAGUUUGUCAAUCCAAGCCUGGUCGUUCCUCUCGAGCAGCCUUGGAUCUACCAAGAUCCGCCGCCGCUAGUUACAGGCGAUCGAGAUGAUGAUGAGGUUGGGAACGGAGGACAGGCUGGUGAGCAGGGUCAGGCGAACUCUGGUAACAACGGUAGUACGUCAAGCUCGUUCAGUCUGGGGGAUACACACAUAUGGCGUGAGGGUGGCGGUGACAACAAUGUCUAA